UGUAAAUUGGGUGACAAAAUUGAUUUAUUGGUCUACAAAUUACACUCAGAUUAUUGCCUGCAAAUUAUAAUUAUGGAGAAUGAAAACAAGAAGAGGUUGGCAGUUUUGGUGGGCUGCAAUUAUACAAACACCAGAAAUCAGCUGCAUGGUUGCAUAAAUGAUGUGGUGGCCAUGAGAGGCACACUUGUGAAUCGCUUCGGGUUUGAUCCAGGAAACAUUCAGCUGCUGACUGAUGCUGCAACUGCAGGUUCUUCUUCCUCAGUCAUGCCCACAGGUGCAAAUAUUAAGAAGGCACUUGGUGCCAUGGUUGAUCAAGCUAAGCCAGGUGAUGUCUUGUAUUUUCACUAUAGUGGCCAUGGAACAAGGAUCCCUUCAUUGAAGCCAGGCAACCCCUUCAGGCAGGAUGAGGCUAUUGUGCCUUGUGAUUUCAAUCUCAUCACUGAUGUGGAUUUCAGACAACUAGUAAACCGCUUGCCAAAUGGAGCAAGCUUUUCAAUCCUGUCAGACUCAUGCCACAGUGGAGGCCUCAUUGACAAGGAGAAAGAGCAGAUUGGACCUUCUCAUGUCACUGAAAUUAGUAGCGCAUCCCCAUCAGUUUCCUCUAAUCCUAAGGGCAUUCCUUUUAAGUCCAUAUUGCAUCACCUCGCAUCAUUGACAGGCAUAAACACAUCUGACAUUGCAACCCACUUGUUAGAGUUGUUUGCAGCAGAUGCCAGCCUCAAGUUUCGUUUGCCUCCGCUCGAACUACUCAACAUGUUCGAGUCAUCGAACCCUGAUGAGGGAAUCUUACUAAGCGGGUGUCAAGCAAAUGAGACUUCCGCCGACAUGACCAACCCGGUCAUGACUAGAGGAAAGGCAUGUGGUGCAUUCAGCAAUGCAGUUCAAAUGGUGUUGAAGGAGCAUGAGGCUAACCUAAGCAAUAGACAGGUUGUGAUGCUUGCUAGACAAGUUUUGAGAGAACAAGGCUUUGAGCAGCACCCUUGUCUCUAUUGCAAUGAUGAGAAUGCUGAUGCAACUUUCUUAUGCGAAUCUCAUAUCAGCUCAAGUUUAUGAGACAUUGGUUACGCUAUGAUUUGUCUAAUAAGUAAUGUAAGACCAUAUCACUUGCUUAUUGUUUUCUUUGUGUAAAUAAAGAAGGCACUGAUAUUGCCACUUUCUUGUGGCAACCUCUCAGAGCUCAAGUUUAUUAGAAUCUGCCUAUUAUCUACUGUUUCUUUGUUCAGCUCAAGUGAGGCAUUACUGAGUUCUUUGGUUGAAUAAAUUCUUACUCAUCAGGCCUCCCGUGGGGGAAAAUAUAGCAGUAAACCAUGAACCUUUUUAAGUUAUGCCAAGAUUGAAGACAUCUUUUGAACAAUCACAAGGUCCUAUUAAAUAUUCAAGAAUAAGAAUAGCUAUACAAAAUAUUAAGGUAAAGGUAUCCAAGAAACACUAAAUUACACAAACGAAUGAAGCAAAAGCAAAAAUGAAAUGACAAAAAGAGAGGACAAAUUUUGUCUCUCUACUAAUAAUGUUGUACACUCAAACUAUCUAUUUCACAUUCUGAAGGUUCUUCACUGCUGCACAGUGAAUUUGCUUAUCUCCUUUGGAAGUUCAAGAACUUGAUGCCGUAUGCAAAGACAAAGAAGAAGAGGAGGACCCAACCAACAUGAGCAACGACAACGGGGAUCAGAAAAUCGUAG